AAACUUUGUACCUUGUAUCUAGUUUGCAACCACCUACAUGUGCUGAUUACAACAUUGAAAAGCAAAAGAUUGAGCGUGUCUCAUUUUAGGAAUUUUUCCACUUACCAACUUUUGUAAGAAGAAAAAGAAGUCAUAUUACAGGAUGUUCUGUUGUGCAUGUGGACAACAACUUUCAGAUGGAGCCCGAUUCUGCUCAUUUUGUGGUGAAAGCACUCAAAAUGACAAUGGUCAAGUUCAAGGCAGAGGACAAAGAAAACAUGAACUGGUACCUUGCCUGGAUGAUGAACAUAACCAACCAUCUCCACAACAUCUACAAGGUCCUCACCUCUAUUUUAAUCCAAACUUUCUACAGGCAGAUGGCCAUAACCAACAAUAUCUACAACACCAACAAGGCACUCAGUUUUAUCAAAUGGAAUAUUCUUUACAAGGACAUGGCCAUGACCAACCAACAUCGCAAAAUCCACCAUCUUCUUGGUCUUAUAAAUUUGCAUACUAUUCACAAGGAGCUGGCCAUAACCCACCACCAGCACAUCACCCCCUAGAGUUUCAAGAAACAAUUCCUGUUAUGCAAACAACCCAUUCUCUGAAAAAUCAUGAAAUAUACACAGGAUCACAAACAGGCCAGCAAAAACCAGAAGAACCCUCAAGACUAAUGGAAAACACAAAUAAUCUGAGCAUACUUCUUGUUGGACGUACCGGCCAUGGCAAAAGUGCAUCAGGGAACUCGCUUCUGGGCAUCACAAAAAAAGAAGGAUUUCAUGAGGAAAAAAGCCUUGUUUCGGUUACAGAGAAUUAUCAGAGGCUGGUAAAAAAAAGAUUUGGAAGAAUGUUAGAGGUUGUGGACACUCCAGGAAUAUGUGAUACAUCCACAGCCUACCAGGACCAAUUUGUGUAUGAACAAAUAGCAAAGUGUAUAGGGAUGACAUUGCCUGGCUUCAAUGCCAUCUUCUUAGUACUGCAUUCAGAUCGGUUUACUCCGGAAAUGGUCAAAACUGUGGAAAUUUUCUUAAAAGUUUUUGGAAGAGGUGUUGAUCAAUAUUUAUUUGUCCUUUUUACUAACAUGGAAUCAGAAGAAGACAUGAAAAACUACCUUACAGGUGCGGAAAAAAAGCCUGAAGAUGAAGGUGUGAAAGCAUUUCAAUUGCUCAGAAAACGAUGUCAAGACAAACUGUUGUUUAUUGAUAAUAGAGCUUCUAAAGACAUUAAAGAAAAAAUGGUAUGGAAUAUUUUAACAGCAGUGGAUACAGCAAAUGCAAAGUCUUUCCGACCACAUUUUGCAAACAAACUUACAAGGGAGAUGGAACAAAAGUCAAAAGACUUUGGUCAUACUCAGGUCUCUGCUUUGCAACAUGGGCGGUCCAAAGAAGAUCUAAGAAUCCUGCUCAUUGGACUUUCUGGCCAUGGAAAAAGUGCAACGGGGAACUCAAUAAUGGGGAAAAGCAUUUUUACUGAAAAUGCUUCUAUGAUGGGGAAUGCAUACCAACAAACAGAAAGUGGAAAAAUCAAUGGUCGUGAAAUAAAGAUUGUGGAAUUUGCUGUACAGGAUCCCUCCAGCCAAAGUGAGGCAGAUUUAAAGAAGCAAAUGUUACAAACAGAGAAAAUGUUGCAUCCAGGAUUUCAUGCACUUUGUUUUGUAAUAGAUCCAAAUAAGAUCGCAGAUGUGAAAGACCAGUUCAUACAAGUUAUGGAAUACUUUGGAGAUGAUGUAAAUGAUUAUGCUUUUGUAAUCAUGACUUUUUCAAAAAAUGAAGAUGAAUAUGAAAAGCACUUUUAUUCCAAAAUACAGGCUGAACAUCCAGUUGCAUCUGUACUCAAGUUUUGUAAAGGUAAGGAGCUGUACAUGGACAAUAAGGCCUUGCCCGAAGAAAAGAAAGAAAUGAUAGAAGACAUGUUCACUUUCAUUGACAGCGAAAAUGCCAAAAAGCUUACUCCUUACUUCAGUUCAAGGUUUAAACAACUAACUGAAAUGUCUGAAGCUGCGAUUUCUGCUGAAGCUACAAAAGCUGCCGAAACCAUACAAAAAAUUAAGCACAAAGAAAGAAAAAAAAGAGACUUUGAAAAGACAAUCACUGAACAAAAAAUUAAAGCGUCUGAAGCUAAUCAGAAAAUUCAACAGUUGGAAUAUGAAAUUCGCUUAAAAGACCUUGAAAAGAAAAACCUUGAAGAAAUAGCCGCUGAAGCUGAACGCCGAGAAGAAAAUCGAAAGGAGCGUGAGGAAAAAAAAAAAGAGAAACGUCAAAGGGAGCAGGUGAAGCUAGAGGAGAAAAAUGAAAGGGAGCGUAAAGAAAAAGAAGAGAAAAAAAAAGAGAAACGUCAAAGGGAGCAGGUAAAGCUAGAAGAGAAAAAUGAAAGGGAGCGUAAAGAACAAGAGCAAAAAUUUAGCAAAAAGAUGCUCAAAAGUAAGCUUGAACUACAAGAAAUGUUGUAUAAAAUGCAGCAAGAAGAAAAAGAAAAGAACAGGGAGCUUGAACUACAAGAAAAGUUGUAUAAAAUGCAGCAAGAAGAAAGAGAAAGGAACAUGAGGGAGCUUGAAAAUUAUAAACAAAAACUUGAAAAUGAAAAGAAAUGUGAAAUCCAGUAA